AUGUUGAUAGAAUGUCAAUACUGCGGAAGGCUAUUUAAUACUCCAACAAAUUUUAUAGAGCACUCGUUUGCACAUCAUUGUUGGAAGUGUAGGUACUGUCCACUUCAGUUUCCUUCUGAGGAGGAACGAUGUACUCAUGAAACUCAGGUACAUUUUACAGUGCAAUGUGAAUUUUGUACAAGGCUUUUUAGAGACGAAAGGCAUAUGCGCGAUCAUUGCGAAGCUGUACAUUUUCUGUGCCACUUUUGCGACGAAUGGUUUUUAAAUGACGAGGAAAAGAAUGAACACGUGACCAAUGUUCAUUACAGUUUUACAUGUUCACUUUGCCCAGAGCGAUUUAGAAAUGUGUACGCUCUAGAAUGUCAUCGUAAUAUUUUCCAUUAUUUUAAAUGUUUUUAUUGCGCUGAAUGGUUUACUUCUAGUUUAGAAAGAUUCGAUCACGACAAGGACGUACAUGUGACAGUACCGUGCCCUCACUGUGACAGAUAUUUUAGAAAUCACCAGCUGGUGCAGAAACAUUGUAGACAGAAACAUUUUUACAGAUGUAAGUAUUGCGAUGAUUGGUUUAUUACGUUUGAACAAAAAGUGGAACAUGAAAAUAGUCAUAUUUUUUUUAAAUGCCCUUAUUGUACACAACUUUUUAUAGAGAUCGACGAAAUGGAGGAGCACCGUGAACGUCUACACCGAUACGAAUGCUUCUAUUGUGAUGAUUGGUUUCUAACAGGCGAAGAGAGAGAUUUACAUGACCGAGCUAAGCACUUGAAAAACAGCUGUAUGUACUGCGACAAGCUUUACCGAACUGAAGAAGAAUUGAUGAGCCACAACUUUGCUGAACAUUAUUUUCCAUGUAGGCACUGUGGGGACUGGUAUACGCUUGAUGAAGAAAGAGAUGAACACGAAGCAGAACACUUGGUAGUUAGCUGUCCACAUUGUAAGGAAAGUUUUUUAGAAGUGAGUCACAUGGAGUAUCAUUGUUAUCACGUUCACAAUUUCCGUUGCUUACACUGUCCACUUUCUUUCUUAACUGCUCGAGAAAAAGAUGCACACGCCCUUAAAGUACAUCUUGUAGCUAACUGUCCGUAUUGUGAAAACUCUUAUGCUUCUGUAGAUCUAAUGAUGCAGCAUUGUGAUCAAAGACAUUAUUUUCCAUGUCAGUACUGUUACCUGUGCUUUCCCACUGAUGAAGAGAGAAAUAAUCAUAGAAGUAAUCAUUUUACUGUUAAAUGUCCACAUUGUAUGAGAUUAUUUAGAAAAACGAGGCAUAUGAAAGAACAUUGUGAUGCUGCUCAUUAUUUUUAA